UACUCCGUAAAUAUACUCCACUAAGGGUUUACUCAGCAGGAUUCUCCGCAAUUUUUAGGGGAUUGGUUAGAACUGCCCUUAGCUAGCUAGCCUGUGUUAGUUUUAAGCUAGUGUGAAAUGGUCAGAUUCCAAGUUUCUAUAGCUACCGGUACAAUAUAAUUAAGCACGCAUCGUUUGCUACCUGCCGCAUGCUUAUGAUAUAGGUAGUGACAUACGCCAAUUAUUUAUCUGGGUACUGACUACCGAGAGCUGCAUUUGAACAGCUAGAAUGUGAAAGAAAGACUUGACUUGAUUCGUGGUGUGUCCCAUUUGAGUGUAUAACAUUGCAAAUCACCUAACAUGCUUCUGCGAAAUUGACGAGAUUGAUCCAAUUCCGCUUCUGUACAAACCGCACGUCCUUCGCUGCUACCCACGGCCUUCUUUUAAUUUUUAUUUCUUCCAUACGUACUAGCUAGGAAAUUAACGUGUGCUUAAUUAUUUGGUUAGUUGCAUUUCAACAACCCGAAUACAAAAUCACAGUUAGGCUAAUCAUCAACGGAGUAAGAUUUAAGAACUCAGGCCAUGGGAGGUAGUGCUCUGGCAUCUUCUAAUUUGGCCGGCCAAUUUGUCGCUGGCAAGAUGGCUGUAUUGCAACAACAGGCCGGACGAUAAGACAAACACGGGUGGGUGAUAAACAACAUUACCUUUUUUUGUUUGAUGAAUAACCGUGACGAGAGAAAGGAACAACCUCUGUGGUUUCGCUAUGAGAGCACUGCAAACUUGCCUUGUUUGUGGCAGGACAAAGAGCACAGCAACCUUUGCUUUUCUCGGAGCGCGCGCGCGCACGCGCGCGCACACACACACACACACACACACACACACACACACACACACACACAGGUAGCUACUGUGAGGUUGAUCAAUUGUUGUGUGAGGACAAUAUCCGAACCGGCCGGAGAUAAUGGCGGAGACGGUGCUGAGCAUGGCGAGGUCCAUGCUGGGUGGAGCCAUUAGCAAGGCCGCCUCUGCCGCCGCCAACGAGAUGAGCCUCCUCAUGGGUGUGCGCAAGGAUAUUUGGUUCAUCAAAGACGAGCUAGCAACGAUGCAGGCUUUCCUGGUGGCUGCUGAAGGUAUGAAGAAGAAAGACAUGCUACUUAAGGUGUGGGCAGAGCAAGUAAGGGAGCUGUCAUACAACAUUGAAGAUUGCCUUGGUGAAUUCAUGGUGCAUGUGGCAAGUCAAAGCUUGUCACGGAAACUUAUGAAGCUCAAACACCAACAUCAAAUUGCGGUGCAAAUCCGCGAUCUCAAAUCACGAGUUGAAGAAGUCAGCAACAGGAACAGACGCUACAACCUGAUUGAGAAGAACCAAAUUACCAGAACCAUUGAUGAGAGGGAUUCCUGUAUGGAAGAUAUUCGCAACCAUUCAGAUAGCAACAUAGAUGAAGCAGGACUUGUGGGGUUUUCCAAGCCCAAACAAGAGUUCAUAAAGCUUAUAGAUGUUCAUGCCAAAAAUGGUCCUGCUCAGGUAGUAUGUGUCGUCGGCAUGGGCGGUUUGGGUAAGACUACUCUUACAAGGAAGGUUUAUGAAAGUAUGGAGAACUUUUAUUGUUGUGCUUGGAUCAUUGUCUCGCAAUCAUUUGUCAGGAUGGAGCUUCUCAAGGUUAUGAUCAAAUUUUUUUUUGGCAAUGAAGCAUUGAAGAAGCAGCUUGAAGGUAAUGUAGUGCGAGAAGAGGACCUCGCCAACUAUCUGAGGAAAGAGCUGCUUGAGAAGAGGUACUUUGUUGUACUUGAUGAUUUGUGGAACAUAGAUGAUUGGAACUGGAUAAAAAAAAUUGCUCUUCUGAGUAGGAACCAAAAAGGUAGCCGGAUAAUUAUAACAACACGAGAUGUUGGUUUAGCUAAGAAGUGCUCAUUGAAAUCUUCUGUACCACUUAUCUACCACCAUCAACCCCUAGAAACCAAUGAUGCCAUACACUUGCUACUAAGGAAGACUCGGAGAAGUGAGGAGGACAUGAAAAAUGAUGUGAAAAUGAGGGAAACAGUUACCAAGAUAGUCAAAAAGUCAGGACUGUUACCACUAGCUAUUCUCACAAUAGGAGGCAUGCUUGCCACUAGAGAGGUCAGUGAAUGGCAAAGUAUUUACGACCAGAUCCCCUUAGAACUAGAGAGCGGCCGAAGUCUUGACGCGAUGAGGAGGAUGGUUACUCUGAGUUACAACCACUUGCCUUCUCAUCUUAAGUCAUGUUUUCUGUAUUUAAGCAUAUUUCCUGAGGAUUUUGAAAUCCAAAGGAGACGUCUCGUAGAAAGAUGGAUAGCCGAGGGGUUUGUUAUUGUCAGGGAUGGGCUAAGUGGUGAGGAGGUUGGGAAUAGUUACUUUAAUGAUCUAAUCAACCAAAGCAUGAUUCAGCCAUCAAGAGUGAACAUAGAAGGAGUUGUGAAGAGCUGUCGAGUCCAUGAUAUUGUGCGUGAUGUCAUGAUCUCAGUUUCUAGAGAUGAAAAUUUUGUGUAUGUGGAGGGAAAUAAUGUAACUGGUGCUACGGAAGAGACCUUCCGACAUGUAGCAUACCAUGGUAGCAUGUGCCAAAAGAUAGAUAUGGAUUGGAGCCACGUCCGAUCAGUAACUGUGUUUGGUGAGAGAUCAUUGAGGCCAUCACCUUCAGUUUGUUCACCAGACAUGAGAAUGCUCCGGGCCUUGGAUCUAGAGAAUGCACAGUUUCAAGUCACACAGAAGGAUAUCAGCAACAUAGGAUUGUUUCGCCACUUGAAGUAUCUGAAUUUUUCUGAUCCUCGAGGAUAUUCACAUAUUUAUAAACUUCCUAGAUCCAUAGGGAGAUUACAAGGCCUGCAAACUUUGAACAUUAGAGACAGUUAUAUUACAGAACUGCCAAUUGAGAUUUGUAAACUCAAGAGUCUACACAGUCUCUGUUGUACCAGAAAUAAUUCCUAUCAAUGCUUUGACCUGGUGUAUGACCCCAAGGCAUGCUUGGUGCGAACACUUUGUCUGCCCAUGCUGUUCACACCUUUGGUUGAUCCUAGUGAGCGUACCAAGGUAGUUGCCGAGCUACACAUGGCCUGGGCUAGCCGUCGGUCUGAGUCAGAAGGUGUUAGGGUUCCAAAAGGAAUCGGCAAACUGAAAGAGCUGCAAAUACUAGAGGUCGUGGACAUCAGCCGAACCAGUGGCAAGGCAAUUAAAGAGCUAGGUGAGCUUGUGCAGCUGAGAAAACUGAGCGUGGUAACAGAAGGGGCCACCAAGCAGAAAUGCAAGGUACUCUGUGAUGCCAUUCAGAAGCUCACUUGCCUGCGCUCUCUUGAAGUGGAUGGUUCACUGGAGUGGCUGCAUGCCGUUUCCUCUCCUCCUCCCCUGUUGAGGAGUCUGAAGUUGGAUGGACCCCUUGGAGAGAUUCCUGACUGGUUUGCCAAUAUGAUGCAUUUGGUCAAGCUUUACUUAGAGGGCAGCAUAAUAAAGGAAGAAUGUAAAAUCAUGGAAAUACUAGGGCCACUUCCCAACCUCAUGCAGAUUUGUCUUGGAAAUGACUCUUAUAUUGGGGAGAAGUUGGUGUUUAAAACGGGAACGUUGCCAAAUCUCAAAAAACUGGAUAUUUAUGGUCUGAAGCAACUGAGAGAGUUGAUAUUCGAGGAGGGCACCUCGCCCGAGUUGGAAAAGAUAGAAAUCAGUGGGUGCACGUUGGAAUCAGGAAUUAUUGGAGUCAACCAGCUUCCAAAGCUCAAGGAGAUCUCACUUGGUUCCUAUGGUCGAGUGGCGAAGCUUGCUAUGCUGCAAAGUGAAGUGGACGCACACCCCAACAGUCCUGUGCUGCGACUGCAGAUGCCCAAAAGAUACCACGACGUGGAAUCUGCAGCUGCGGGAGAGCUCUCACGGUCCCAGGCGGUGGCCAUGGUGACGACAAACGUCAACCAAGAUGAUCUGCUUUACAAUUACAACUCGUGCUGACUGAAUUGGAGCAAGCCUCCUGUCAGGUCCACCAUGUAACACUAUAGUGAUUGACGAAAUAAACUAGUGCUCCACGUAGUGCAUUCAGAUUCAGCUGGGCACCCAGGAGCACCACCAAGCUGCAGUAAUUAUUCGUCCCAUUGUGGACAGUUACAAGAUGCAUGGGACCCAACUUCAAGAGAGGCCAGAUGCUUUCUCCAUACGGCGUAACAUCACAUCGCGGUGGUAUUUCCUUGUAAAAAUCAGUGUUAGGCUAUUUAACCAGAUGAAUUCGUUCCAAAAAUCCAUGCAACGUGAGAUGGGCGCGCACCCCGAACCAUUCGCUACUGCGAAUAUCUGCCUACUGGACCCGCCAUGACCUGGUGGAUGACGUGGAAGUGGAACAAUCCAAUACUGUACGAGUGGAGCAAGCAACGGAGGAAUCAUCUCCCUCUGUUUGUCUGAUUACAUCUGGAGCAACUAUGAAGUAUUUUUACAGUUCAAGCUGGACAAGUAGGAGAAAUUUUUACUAUUCAAGCUGGAGCAACUAUGAGAUUUGAGCAGGGCACUGAGGAGCUAUGAAGCUGGAGUGAACAUCCCAAUCAGAUCCUGUUGUGAAUGGAGUAAGAAUCUAGUACUUAGCUGACCGUGAUGUAGUGAUCUCAAGUGAAGCUGGAAGCUGAGGAAUCCCUAUCGAGUUCGCAAUGCCUCACAGUCCACGCACAUCUAAAGUGUCAACUGUGACGGGCUCAUACUGAUAAAAAGAUUCAGCAGGGCAGAAGAGGAGGAAGAUCCAACAAAGUACAGAUGAUGCACCACUAAGUACUAAGCGUCGAAGCUGAAAUGUUCAUCCUAUUGUCCAUAGUUACCACUGCAAGAGAGGCCAGAUGGUUUACCUGGGUUCUCUAUGUGCGGAACUUUCUGUUUUUCAUGCAGGAUUCGCCCCUGACCUUUAAAUGCUCCUACGAUGUUGGAGCAAGCUACAACAUCAUUUCCAUGGUUGUGACGCCACCAACCGAGGUUCAAAAGUGACACUUGCUUCGUGGGUCUCGUACCAUUUUCCAGACGAUGAUCAGUUCUUCACCAUGGAAUGGGUCAAGUUGAUACUAAACUGUAUUUUCUUUGGACUCCAACAUCUUUCCAGUCCCAGGAACAUUAAUUAGUUUGCUGCAUCAUCUUGCACUCUUCACCAUAUUAUCACAUGAUCUGCUUCUACUAUGACGAUAAUCAAUUUUGUGCUGCCACUAUGUUCUGUAAUUAUUUGUAAUUGAAGAAUGAGGAGACAUGCUACUAUGCAAGCCAAUGGAACUUGUAACGUAGCCAGAUAUGAAUGCUCUGUUUUUCACCUGUAACAUCAUAUGGACAUGCCAUAUCAGCUAUGUGGUUUUCGUUGGUGUUACUUUGCAAUUA